GCUAGCGUGAACGUGUUUGCUGGGAUUUGGCAAGCGAGGCAAACUUUUUAACGAUGGCAAUUAUACGGAAGAGGUUUCCCAUGACGCUGUUGUUGUUUGUCUUGUUGUGGCUGGCGCUGGAUCCGAGUGAGGCGGCCCGAGUGCCCAGCGAUCGCGUGGUGUUUCCCACUGAACGCGGAUCAGAUGCAGCGGAGACCAGCCCCAAGCCUUGGGAUCUAGGGCCAGUGAUGAAUCUGAAUGAAAUUCGAAAUGCAACUAAAUCGAAUCAAGUGCAACCCGGAAAUGAAUUCAAAAGCCGGGUAGGGCUACCGGCAGAGGAGCCAGUCCGUAGCGAUAUUAAAAGUGCAAUGAUUCCUGUUUCCAAGAAUGCUACAGCAGAAACCCCUCCAGUAUCCGAGAAUGCAACUCUUUCCAGGAGUGAGGAUAAGAUGAUAGCGUUCGAGACCGAUAAAAAGAUCGACGGAAAUCGAACCGUAUUGACAAUGACGCCCAAGGGCAGUGUCUUUAUUGGACCAAGGAUUACCCUCGAAAGCGUACGCAUCUGUCCGGAGGGAUUCACCCUGAGCAACGACCACUGCCGCAAGAGUGCCUAAAAUCGAGUAUUUGUGUGGAAUAUGAACAGAAAGUUGCUUCUAAAUAAAGAUAUUAUGAAAUCUAAUGCCAAAUUCUAA